GUGCGCGUGCUCAGGCCGGGCCAGGUGAUGUGCCGCAGGAUGGUGUGCGACUGCGACAACCCCGGCGCCGACCUCUUCUGCUGUCCCGAUGUGCGACCCGCGGCGCAGCAGUCAGUGCCUGCACCAGAACGGCGUGCUCACCUACGGCAGCGGGGACACCUGGGUGGACAGCUGUCAGCAGUGCCAGUGUCUGCAGGGGCAGGUGGACUGCUGGCCUCUGUCCUGCCCUCCCGUGGACUGUGAGUUCACGGCGGUGGCCGAGGGCGAGUGCUGCGCCCGCUGCGUCACGGUGCCCUGCCAGGCCGACUCGGUCCGCAACGACAUCACCAAGACCUGCACGGACGAGCACAGCAGCGUGCCGCGCUUCAGCGGCUCGUCCUGGGUCAAGCACGGCACCGAGUGCACCCUCUGUCAGUGCAAGAACGGACAUAUCUGUUGCUCAGUGGAUCCCAUGUGCCUCUAGUGGCGGAGCAGCGGUAGGACGGCCGAGCGUAAAACCAGAAGAAGGGAACAACAGCUUCGACGUGUCUCCUCAUGUGUUUUUAUUUUGUAUAUCGGCAGAUCAUUUCGAAACAUUUGUUUUAGCCUGCCUGCUUUAGCUUUGUCACAUUGUUUCACGCUUGCCAAAAUCCGAAAUCGACGCGAGAAUUUUUGACUUUUAAAUGCUUUUCAUGUGGACUUUUGAAACUGUUUUAUGUUCUCUUUUUACUUUUUCUCUAUCCGUUAGCACAUGUCUUUCCGUCACCUUAUGGCGAGACUCGCGUGCCACCUGGUACCGCUAAUAGGGUCAAACAAAACGCUCCUUGAUUUGUUUACAGAUUCUCCUUGAGCCUGGGUGUGCAACCUUGAAUCCUCUUUAUACCAAAUGUCAACACGUUCUCAUGCUGAACAGAUGACGGACUACAUUUCCCACGAGCCCACUCUUUGUUUGGCCUCACUGACCAGUGUCUACGUACCACCUCUCUCUCUCUCCCCUCCACUCUGCAUCAUCUGCAACGUGACGCUGUAAGAUAUUACUAUUACUGGCAUGACUGUGCUCUGUGUCUUGUCAUGAUUUUUGCUGAUUUUGAAACAUAAAAAAAUUCUCAAUAAUAACGAUAAUAAAUUAGACCGUUCAGAGUAAGUUUCCGUUGCCACCCGUACAACAAUAUUGUCUAUAUUCUAUGUGGUGCUCUGUAGCUUUCUGUUCCUUUUUUCUAAUUUAUUUCCAAAAGCUUGUAAUUGUGUAAUUGUGAAAAUAAAGUAUUUCCAUUUACAUUAAAA